GGGCGCCGGGGGCGGCGGGGCGGCGCGGCGGGCACCGGGCGCGGGCACAGGCACAGCUGCGGGCACCAGCCACGCCGGUGUCGCCGCCGCUGCCGCCGCCACCGCCGGGCGGAUCCCGCGCUUCUGCCGGAGCUUCUUUCGGCCGCUUUACUUUGGCGGCCCGGAGCAGGGACAUUAUGCCGAAGAGAAAGUCUCCAGAGGGUGCUGAAGGCAAGGAUGCAGCAAAAGUAACUAAACAAGAGCCCACGAGACGAUCAGCAAGACUGUCAGCUAAACCUGCUCCACCAAAACCUGAACCCAAACCAAGGAAAACAACAAAGAAGGAACCUGGGACAAAGGCCAGCAAAGGUGCUAAAGGGAAGAAGGAUGAAAAGCAAGAAGCUGCAAAGGAAGGUACUACACCAUCUGAAAAUGGUGAAAAUAAAGCUGAAGAGGCUCAGAAAACUGAAUCUGUAGGUGACAAGAAUGAAUGAAAUACCAUGAAAAUUUUGGGUUGAUUUUAUGUACCUCUUGGACAACUUUUAAAAGAUAUUUUUAUCAAGUAUUUUGUAAAUGCUAAUUUUUUUAGGACUAUGAUAGUUGACAUAUUAAACUGUAUAUGAACAUUUCCCUUCUCAUAACAGUGCUUUUAGAAAUUCCCGUUGUUGCCAAGUAAUAUAAAUAUCAACUUAAUAUUGCAAGGUAUGUGUAAAAUUGGAUCAGCAUUCCAUACACUUGCUUUAAGAAAUUAUGUCUUGUGCAUAUGGUGAUGUUUUUACUGUGUGUAUUUGGAUUUUUCAUGCAGUUUUUCUAGAGCAAUAAUCAGUGGUGCUUUUGUACUUAGGUUUUAUGUGAUUUUAAUGAAACAUGGAUAGAUGUGGCCACCUGCUGACUAUUUUGGGUUCUUUUAAUGGAUUAAAAUAAAAGGUCUCCUUGCCUGCAAAACUAAAGACUCCUAAUGUUUUCUCUAAAUCUGAGGAAUGCCUUACUCAUAUCUUUGACUGUUACAAGGAAGACUAAAUGAUUUAGUAACAGUUGUUUUGCAUGUGGUGUUUGCUUUUUUUCGCUGAUGUCUGAUUAAAAACCACCCACACAGGAGUAGCAAACUGGGGUUUUCAGUGGCCUACAAUUUAAGGGCCUCACAGAUAAAUUCUUCAUAGAUACAGUCAUCAGAUACACUGUCACAGGGUGAGUAGAGUUGCCAUACUCUGUCAGGAUAUUGUGUCUUCAGUGAGCUAUCAGUACAGAACAAAUUCCUUGAUUGAUAGAGACAUACAGCAAUUUAAAAGUAACUUUGUUUCUCCCCCACUCUCUUUUCAUUAAUGUGCAUUGUAGUCUAUGGAAAACUUUCUCUCUAUCCGUAGCCUCAAAUUUAAUAUAAAUAGUAAUUACUGUUCUGCUUCAGCUGAGGACAGUUGUUAAUACAUUGAAAUCGCUGUUAAACAGUGCUAUAUAUUUGGUACCUGGUAGAAAUGGAACAAUGAAAGUUUUUUUGAGGUGAUUGUGGUGAUGUGGUAGAUUAGCUAAUGAUUUUUUAGUGUCCAUGUUUCAACUCUGCAGCUCAUUCUAAAUACCUUUUAUGAUUUUUCUCCUUCUCUUUUCUCUAGGGGUCCUGGUGUUUCUAUUGUUACUUCUGGGAUGGGAGGGGUGAAAGAAAAGAUGUUCCCUAUUCUUCAGUAGCAUUGAUUUGUAUUGCUCAAGUGGUAGCCAUUAUGUCUGAGGAUACUUUUUGCUUGUUUAAGUCAAUAAAUAAAUGACUGUUGCCUGA